ACAGGAAUGCCGCCCGUCGUAAAGCCCACCAGAUUCGCCCACGCCGAGGGUCACACCGAUGUCUGCUACGAUCCAACUGGCAGGUAUUUAGUGACGUGCGGUUCGGACGGGGAGGUCAGAACGUGGGAGGGCUUUCAGGACGACGAGCCCAAGUCUUACUCCGUCGGAGAGUCGGCUCUAGCGGUCGCCUGCGGUGGAGGCACUUUUUUCGUCGCCACCGACAGUUACUGCGUCAAAGCUUUCGAGGCUUCGACCGGGCAGGAGACGAGCGUGGCCGCUCGCUUUCCCUCUGAUGUCUACGCAGUUGCGUGCAGCAGCGACGGAAAGACUCUGGUCGCCGGCUCCGGGGACUUCACGUUAAAGGUUGUGGACGUUUCAUCCGGAACCAGCCAAUCACUUACGGGCCAUGGGGCGCCAGUGCUUUGCUGCUGUAUAGACCCCCGAGCCGAAUUUAUUGCUUCUUCAAGCUGCGAUGGCAGCGUUAGAGUCUGGAAGGCGUCGGACCAGAGCUGUGUCAAGACGUGGCAUGGCAUCCUACCAAAGAGCAACGACUUCCGGACCUCCAAGGUGCUUGGCCGUCUCGCCUGGUCCCCUUCAGGAGACAAGUUGGCCCUACCCGUGAAGUCAGAGGUGCGGUUGGUCCCGCGAGGUUCCUGGGACCAGGUAGAUGUGCUGGCACACGAUUCGGUUCAAGAGGCCCUGUCAAUCGUGGCAUUCAGCGGAUGUGGCAAGCUGCUGGCAGCCGCCACCCGCAAAGGACAGCUGAUGGUGUGGGACUGGAGUGCGCGCCAGCUGAUGCACACGGUAUCCUGCGGUGAGGAUGUCUGCAGCCUGAGCUGGAACCCAUGCCAGAAAGAGCUCGUUUACUGCAAUGCCCAGGGCCAGUUGGGUCUCGUCGAGGGCAUCGAGGGUGGCAGCACCAGAGAGCAGGUGGCAUCUCCGGCUGUCAGGGCACUGCCAGAAGACAAAAUGGAUGGUGAGGAUGACGGCAUAGACCUAGGUCAGAUCAAAGCGACCUACGAGCCGCUCAUCUUCGGAGAAUCGGAUGGCGAGGAGGAAGAUGCAGCUGCGGUGCCGAGUACAGUGGCUGCUAUGCCUGUACAGCCGGAGUACCGCCCCCGGCUGGUGCAGGAUGCCUUCCAGCCGAGCUCCACGCCUGUCCACCUCCAACACCGCUUCAUGGUGUGGAACUCCGUGGGCAUGGUCUGGUCACACAACACCGCCGAGGAGAGCAGCAUCGACGUGGAGUUCCACGACACCUCGGUGCACCACACGCUACACCGCGGCAACCCCCUGGGCCACACCAUGGCUGCACUCAGCGACCAGGCCCUCGUGUUGGCUGGGCCCCAGCAGCUGGAGUGCUUGCACCUGGCUUCCUGGGACAGCAACAAAGAGUGGGCCGUUGAUACACUCUCCGACGGCAUACAGGCAGUUGCCGUGGGCGACGACUGGCUGGCCGCAUGCUGUAGCUCGGGGAUGGUGCGUCUGUGGACGUUGGGUGGCCUGCAGAAGGCGGUGUGGCGUGCGCCGGGACCGGUGGUUGCACUCGUUGCGUGCGGUCGCUCGCUCGCCCUGAUCUACCACCAGGGGGCCGGUGUCACGGCCGAGCGGCAAGCACUGGCCGUGGUGCAGUACAACGUGGGUGCGGGUGUCCUUGGGCCUCCCAUCCCCGUGCCCUUGGCCGAGAGGCAGCGGCUUGCCUGGGCAGGAUACACCGAUGAAGGCUCGCUUGCAUACGUAGACUCUGAUGGUGUCGUCUCCAUACUGGGCUCCUCGUACGGCUGGACUCCUGUUUGCAACACCCGGGACAAUGUGAAGAACCAAUCGGACCACUACUUCGUGCUGGGUGUGAGCGAGACACGCCAACAAGUUCGGGCCUUGCUGUGCAAGGGUUCUCGCUACCCGGCCACCUUGCCGCGACCCGUCAUGGUUAUGCUGGACUUCAGUCUGCCUUUCCUGGGCACGGAAUCCGAGAAGGGGCGACUGGAGGAGGAGCUGUGGCGUGCUUGGUGCCUGGAGGAGGCCCUGCAACGUGUGGGCGAAGAGGGACGCCAGCUGGCUGACAUCAGCAACCGGAGGCAGCUGCUGCUGCUCAAGCUGUUUGCGCUGGCAGCCAAGGCGGAGCGAGAGGUGCGUGCGCUGGACGUGGCACGUCUCAUGGACUCCGAGAGGCUGAUCCAGGGAGCAGUGGAGUAUGCCUCCAAGAGCCGACGGCUUGUGCUGGCACAGCGCGUCGAGCGUCUGCUGCUCGAACAGGAGUCUCCGUUGCAAAGUGCUCCCACUGCUCGGCAGGUCUGCCAGGCCAUUCCACCUAUGCGCAAACGUGAACCUGACCCAGCCGAAGAAGUGGUGCUGAAGCCCAAGCCGUUGCAUCUGUCCAGGAAGCGGACAGCUGAUGUCAUGAGCAAAGAUGUGUCGCUGCCUUCCGAUGAGCCUCGCACCGCACCAGAACCACCCGUGACCCGUGGGAACCCGUUCAAGGUGACUAAGCAGUCGCAGGAGAGCCCGGUGGAGGACGGUGCCACUAACGGCAUCAAGUCGCAAAAAGAUGCGGGCGCCAGCCGUCGGCAGAUGACACUGCAGUUCGGUGCUGCCCGCAGUGAAGCUGCCCCCGCUGCCGCCAAGUCCGGCGUGCAGCUGUACGUGGAAUCUGUUCGAGCGACACUGCUCGAGGAGGAGCCCGAUCUCGCGGAAGACCAGCUAGUUAGCCGGGCAGUAGCACGGUUCAGGUCUCUGUCCCAAGAAGAGCGGGCGGAGUGGAACGGCCGGGCCAAGCGGCGGUCUCCGAGUCCCGUGCAAGCCUCCAAGAGACCGCGACCGGUUUCGUGAAUGCGCUGUCGUGUUGGCCCAGUGUCAGCUGGGCAGUGCGUACUCGUCCACCUUGUCCAUGAAACUGCAGACUAUGGCCGACUCCACCUGCAAAGAGUGACAAUUAAAAAAAGAGCCCCGUUUGUGUACAUGU